ACUGGAGGCAGCGCUGCUUCGGCAGAGGGUCCGAGCGCCGGAGACCUCUGGGAUGGUGUGGGACCGGCAAACCAAGAUGGAGUAUGAGUGGAAACCUGACGAGCAAGGGCUUCAGCAAAUCCUGCAGCUGCUGAAGGAGUCCCAGUCCCCAGACACCACCAUCCAGAGAACCGUGCAACAAAAACUGGAACAGCUCAAUCAAUAUCCGGAUUUUAACAACUAUCUGAUUUUUGUUCUUACAAAAUUAAAAUCUGAAGAUGAACCCACAAGAUCAUUGAGUGGUCUCAUCUUGAAGAAUAACGUGAAAGCUCAUUUUCAGAACUUCCCAAAUGGUGUAACAGACUUUUGUGUACAAGUGCAUACACUUGCUUUCAUGGCAGUGUCUAGCAAAAUGGAGUCAAAUUUCCUGAAGAUGUGUAUUUUCUUUCAAGGUAUUUUGAUUACAACCAUAGCCUCCAAGGGAGAAUUGCAGAAUUGGCCUGACCUCUUACCAAAACUCUGCAGCCUGUUGGAUUCUGAAGAUUACAACACCUGUGAGGGAGCUUUUGGUGCUCUUCAGAAGAUAUGUGAAGAUUCUGCUGAGAUUUUAGAUAGUGAUGUUUUAGAUCGUCCUCUCAACAUCAUGAUUCCCAAAUUUUUACAGUUCUUCAAGCACAGUAGUCCAAAAAUAAGAUCUCAUGCUGUUGCAUGUGUCAAUCAGUUUAUUAUCAGUAGGACUCAAGCUCUGAUGUUGCACAUUGAUUCUUUCAUUGAGAAUCUGUUUGCAUUGGCUGGUGAUGAAGAACCAGAGGUACGGAAAAAUGUGUGCCGGGCUCUUGUGAUGUUGCUUGAAGUUCGAAUGGAUCGCCUGCUUCCUCACAUGCAUAAUAUAGUUGAGUACAUGCUUCAGAGGACUCAAGAUCAAGAUGAAAAUGUCGCUUUAGAAGCUUGUGAAUUUUGGCUCACUUUGGCUGAGCAACCAAUAUGCAAAGAUGUACUUGUAAGGCAUCUUCCUAAGUUGAUUCCUGUGUUAGUGAAUGGCAUGAAGUACUCAGAUAUCGAUAUUAUCCUGUUGAAGGAGCCGAAUUUUAUAAAUGCUUACAAGAGCCCUGCAGGAGACAUAGCCAGUGAUAGUUACUUUACUCAGUUUGAAUUAAAUAUUUCCUUAGGAAAAUGUUCUGCUGCUGCCCUAGAUGUACUUGCAAAUGUGUAUCGUGAUGAACUUUUGCCACAUAUUUUGCCCCUUUUGAAAGAAUUACUUUUUCAUCAUGAAUGGGUUGUUAAAGAAUCAGGCAUCUUGGUUUUAGGAGCAAUUGCUGAAGGUUGCAUGCAGGGCAUGAUUCCAUACCUGCCUGAACUCAUUCCUCACCUUAUUCAGUGCCUCUCUGAUAAAAAGGCUCUUGUGCGUUCCAUAACAUGCUGGACUCUUAGCCGCUAUGCACACUGGGUAGUCAGCCAGCCCCCAGACACGUACCUGAAGCCAUUAAUGACAGAAUUGCUAAAGCGUAUCCUGGAUAGCAACAAGAGAGUACAGGAAGCUGCCUGCAGUGCCUUUGCUACUCUAGAAGAGGAGGCUUGUACAGAACUUGUUCCUUACCUUGCUUAUAUACUUGAUACCCUGGUCUUCGCAUUUAGUAAAUACCAGCAUAAGAACCUGCUCAUUCUUUACGAUGCCAUAGGAACAUUAGCAGAUUCAGUAGGACAUCAUUUAAACAAACCAGAAUAUAUUCAGAUGCUAAUGCCUCCACUGAUCCAGAAAUGGAACAUGUUAAAGGACGAAGAUAAAGAUCUCUUUCCUUUACUUGAGUGCCUAUCUUCAGUUGCCACAGCCCUGCAGUCUGGCUUCCUUCCAUACUGUGAACCUGUAUAUCAACGUUGUGUUAACCUAGUGCAGAAGACUCUUGCACAAGCCAUGCUGAACAAUGCUCAGCCAGAUCAAUAUGAGGCUCCAGAUAAAGAUUUUAUGAUAGUGGCUCUUGAUUUACUCAGUGGCCUGGCUGAAGGACUUGGAGGCAGCAUUGAACAGCUAGUAGCGCGGAGUAACAUUCUAACACUAAUGUAUCAAUGCAUGCAGGAUAAAAUGCCAGAAGUUCGACAGAGUUCCUUUGCCCUGUUAGGUGACUUGACAAAAGCUUGCUUUCAGCAUGUUAAGCCUUGUAUAGCUGAUUUCAUGCCAAUAUUGGGAACCAACCUAAAUCCAGAGUUCAUUUCUGUUUGCAACAAUGCCACAUGGGCAAUUGGAGAAAUCUCCAUUCAGAUGGGAAUAGAGAUGCAGCCUUAUAUCCCUAUGGUGUUGCACCAGCUUGUAGAAAUCAUUAACAGACCCAACACGCCAAAGACGUUGUUAGAGAAUACAGCAAUAACAAUUGGUCGUCUUGGUUACGUUUGUCCUCAAGAGGUGGCCCCCAUGCUACAGCAGUUUAUAAGACCCUGGUGCACCUCUCUGAGAAACAUAAGGGACAAUGAGGAAAAGGAUUCAGCAUUCCGUGGGAUUUGUACCAUGAUCAGUGUGAAUCCCAGUGGAGUAAUCCAAGAUUUUAUAUUUUUUUGUGAUGCUGUUGCAUCAUGGAUUAGCCCAAAAGAUGAUCUCAGAGACAUGUUCUGUAAGAUCCUUCAUGGAUUUAAAAAUCAAGUUGGGGAUGAAAAUUGGAGGCGUUUCUCUGACCAGUUUCCUCUUCCCUUAAAAGAGCGUCUUGCAGCUUUUUAUGGUGUUUAAUCUUACACACUUAAGCUGCAGUCCCAUAAUUAGGGGUAAGUUACAAGAAGUUUUUAUUUAGAGCUGCAGUGUAAAAACUACUAAAUCGAAUAAAAGGUAUUUAUUUUCUACAGUGGUUGAACCCAACAGUUAAAUAAAACAUAGUCUCAUGUUGUGCUGUAUUAGACUUUAAGACUAAAAUUACUUAAAUGAAGGCUAGAGAAUUUUUGUAAAGAACCAGCAAGCAAAAUAAAAUGAAUGGCUCCACUUCUGAAUCUUAAGGAAGAAAGAAAUCCAAGUGGUACUUUGGUUGGAUUUCUCAACAUUGCAUCUGCUAGAGGACACCAGCAUUCACAGAGGUGGGGUAAAAAUGGUUCAUGAAUUUAUAGUCUCUGAUAUAUAAAGGGCUUUCUAUGCUUUGAGCUUGAGGAAAAACCUAAAUAGAAUUGCAACUGGGUUUUGCCUCAGUAGAUAAGAAUAUUUAACAUUUAUUUUUCAACAAAUAUUAAUGAUUGAGCACCUACAGUGUGCCCAGCACUAUGUUUUUAAAUGGAUAAUGGAAGAUUCUGUUUUAAUUUUAAUAAGUCCGCUUGUGCUCUUGUUCCUUGCGUUUUUCUGUAGUUGUUACGCGGGACUAACAAUUCUGUUCUCUUAGCUGCAGUUCCCUCAUUGCGUUAUCGUGAGGAUUAAAUACUAUAGUAUAUGCGAUGCCAGAACUUAGUAUAUUGCCUAGCACACAAUAAGUUCAGUAAAUGUUAGCAACAUAAGGCCAGGUACUCUGAACCAGGGUUUUGACAUCCUUUAGGUUUUAAACAUGAAUUGAGAAAUGUUUGACCAAAGAAAUAGAGGGUGUACAACAAAUUGAAUUACCCUUUAUGUUAAAUUGGAGUUUUUAUUUGUUUGCUUGCUUGUAUACUUGCUUACUCUGAGCUAGUUUUUUUUUUAUUGUACUUUAGGUGAAGGUUUACGGAACAAAUAGUUUCUCAUUAAACAGUCA